AUGGUCCAGGCAUCAAAGAGUGAAGAAAGCAAGCUGCUGGGAGCACUGUGGGUCCCCAAGCACAGCUCCCUGACGCCUUGGAGAACCUUUGAGAUCAGUUGCUGCCAACCAAGAGCCCCUCUCCAGGGCCUCAGUGAGGGUUUUCUCCCCAGAAAAGAGCAAACCCACCCUGCUGAGGUUCUCCAAGAGAGAGCAGCCCACUUCCUCCAUGGCAGACUGGAUUUUUGGGGUGAAGAGUCUAUGAGGCCCUUGGGGACCCAGGAUGCACUGAACAGCAGGCUGAGAAUCACAGGCCAAACACAGGAUGCUAGGAAACAUCUGGUUUGGUGUUUCAGACUCUCAACUCAUGAAAUCUCCCCAGGAAACUCAGACUUUGCUUUUUACUAAGUUUUCAGGACAGCAAAACUCUGCCCAUCCUAGGCUCCACUUUUUUUUGUAGAUCCAUGGCACUCACCAGACUCUCCUAGCAGCUAGAAUGUCCAGGUUGGCUUCAGGGCCCUGGGUUACUCACUUGACACUAUUUCCCUUGGUGCAUGGACAGCCUGA